AUGCCGAAACGCAAGCAUGGUGACACCGACGGCCCCGCGCGGUCCAGCGACAAGGCGCACCGCAAGAUGUCCAUGAAGGCCGUUCGACUGGGUGUCAAGUUUGAGCACGGAGUGCAAAUGAUUGUUCGAGGACUCAAGACUGCGCGCGGCUUCGAGAGACAAAAGCUCAGCCGGCGAGAAAAGACUGCGAGAUCAGAGAACUCGGAGAAUACACGCAUGACUCUGCUGAAGCUGGCGGAGGAAAUUGAAGCGCUGAAGUCGCUUGAUUAUCAGAAGACCGCCGAGCGAUACCUUUUCAAACAACUGUCUAAGACGAAGCGCAUUGCGGAGCUGCCGACGUUCAAGGAAUUCGAAGAGUCUAAGAACAUCUCUACCGAGGGACCCAAGAGUACUGCGGAGGCAAAUAUCCUGGCGCGUCUAUUUAAAUCAAAUCCAGUCAAGAAUUUGAUGCCUAACAUGCUCGCCGAGAUUCGGAAGUUGCUCGGCGUGGAUGAGGCUCCAGCUGGCAAGAGUGGCAUGAAGGAAGCUCAAAAGGACAAGCCAAAGAAAAUCCAAGCCGACCCCGAAUCCGACUCCAAAGAUGAAGCGCCACUCAAGAAGACCGAAAAGAAGAAGAAGCCUACCAAGGAUGCUGAGCCGGACUCGCAGCUUGGUGACGAUAUCAGUGGUUCUGAAGGUGAAGGAUUUGAUAGCGAUCAACUGGAGCAAUUCAAUUCACGACUGGCACCAGGAUCAGAUGCCGAAGAUGAAUCCGAGUCAGAGGACGCUGAUGAGAGUGGAGGCCUUGGUCCAGACGACAUCUCCGACUCAGUCGAAUCCCGCUCAUCAUCUCCUGAUUUCUCCGAUGCGGGAUCGCCUCCGCCUAAGAAAGCCAAAGGAGCCAAAGCAUCUGCCGCACCGGUAAAAGAAACGACAUUCCUGCCAUCUUUGAUGAUGGGCGGCUACUGGUCCGGCUCAGAAGAAGCAAGCGAAGACGAGGCGGCUGGCCCGCCGAAGCGCAAGAACCGCAUGGGUCAACAGGCUCGUCGCGCUCUCUGGGAGAAGAAGUACGGUGCUGGUGCAAACCACGUGAAGAGCGAGCAGCAACAGGAGAGGAGCAAUCGGGAUAGUGGAUGGGAUACGAAGCGAGGAGCAACCGGUGGUGGCCGUGGAGGAUACGGUGGGCGGCAGCAGAACAGGUACGAUGAUCGGUCAGGAUCUCGUCCACAGAGCAGCAAACCGCCCAGGCCUAAGGAAGAUGAGGGUCCCUUGCACCCUUCUUGGGAGGCCAAGAAGAAGCAAAAGGAACAAGCACCCGCUGUUUUCGCAGGAAAGAAGGUCACUUUCGAUUAA